CCAUUCACUCCGGGAUUUAGCAUCAAAACAGACAAAAAAGCCGGAUCGUUCGAUACAAAGAGCAGCUUCCAGUCGCCCCGGAUCCUUCGCGAAAGACCCAUCACUGGAGCGCAGCGGCUAUUAUUGCGCCUCAUCUCAGCGGGAAGACUCAGCGGACAGACUUCAAGAAAAGUCUUUGUAGACAUUUAACCAGAACUGAAAACCCGACUGUUUUCUUUGCCACCCUUUGCACGGUGAUGCAUAUGUUGGUCGUCGUGCGUCUUGAGCUGUGAUGGACCGCGCCGGGAGCGGAUGAGCAUCGAGUGGUGUUGGGGUGGCCGAGGUGCAAAAGGACAUCUGGACGCUUAGGACUCACAGUGACAUCAGGCCAGGUGCACCUCAUGUUUGGGGCUUCCUUCUUUGUGUUCUGGUCCCCACCGUCCCCGAUCCUUCCAGCAUCAGUGGGAUGUCCCAGGUGUGUCUCCUCUUGGCCCUGCUCAUGCUCUGCAGCUGCACGAAGGUGUCUUCUACCACGUCCCUGGAGCUUCUGAAGGAGCGGUGGAGCAGCUACAGGAUUCAGUGUUUGGACUUCUUGAACACAACAUCCCCUGCUACAGGGGUGGUGUGUAACAGGACCUUUGACCAGUAUGUCUGCUGGCCUGAUGGACUGCCUGGAACCACAGUCAAUGUCUCUUGCCCCUGGUUUCUUCCAUGGCAUCAUAAAGUCCAGCAGGGUUUGGUCUACAGAUUCUGCAGUAAAGAUGGUAGAUGGGAGCAAAAGAAUACCAGUGAAUGUGAGGACGACAAUGGCCAGCAGCAAUAUGGCCGCAUCCUCAGUCAGUUUCGGAUCAUGUAUACAGUGGGAUAUUCUCUCUCUCUGGCAGCUCUAUUACUGGCUUUGGGAAUCCUCAUCACUUUCAGGAAGCUGCACUGCAUGAGGAACAACAUCCACAUGAACUUGUUUGCCUCCUUCAUCCUGAGAGCCGUCUCCAUUCUGGUCAAAGACGCCCUACUGACCCUCACACUGGACCCCAGGAGCAGUGGUGACACCCAAGCUCAAACCUGGGUCAACAUACCGGCUGUGAUGUGGUGUCGGGCCGCCGUGGUGAUGAUGCAGUACACCGUGAUGGCCAACAACUAUUGGCUGCUGGUGGAGGGCAUCUACCUUCACAGCCUGCUCGUUAUCACUGUCUUCAGUGAGAAGAAGUACUUCUACAUUUACCUGGCCAUCGGUUGGGGUGCACCCCUCAUAUUUGUUUCGCCGUGGAUCGCAGUGAAGUACCUGUAUGAGAAUGAUGAGUGCUGGGAGAGAAAUAUUCACAUGGGAUACUGGUGGAUCAUCCGUUCUCCAAUACUGGUUGCUUACCUCAUUAAUUUUUUUAUUUUCAUACGAAUCAUCAAAAUCCUAAUGUCUAAGCUAAGAGCGCACCAGAUGAGAUACACGGACUACAAGUUCAGAUUAGCAAAGUCCACCCUCACUCUUAUCCCUCUGCUGGGGAUUCAUGCCAUUCUCUUCACCUUUGUCAUUGACGAGUCCGUCCCAAAAGGUUCCAUGCUGCGCCUCCUCCGACUUUUUUGUGACCUCCUGUUCAACUCCUUUCAGGGCCUGCUCGUUGCCAUCUUGUACUGCUUUGUCAACAAAGAGGUGCAGUCAGAGAUACUAAAAAAGUGGAAGAGGUGGAAGCUGGGUAAGGACAUCGACGAGGAGUACCGCCACACCCACAGCCAGACGCCACACAUGAAAAGUGGCAGUAUCGCCACGGGCAAUAUCCCUGACCUCCAUGACAAUAACACAAGUGACCCCAGCGGUGGACCGCAAGGGACACUUCCACACAGAAAAGCUGUCAAAGGCCCGUCCUGCUCCACGGCACCUGAGGAAAAUCGCCGACUGGUUGUCUCCUACAGCAACGGGAUGGGGAAAGUCCAGCCCUUGGGCAGCAAGCACACUUUUCCUCUGUCCUUCUUGUCAAAGCGAGGCACUGCCAAUCACACCAGCACCACCACGGAGGAUGUGUGUCUGGAAGAGAGGGCACAGUACCCCCAGGAAGGAGAGGAAACUCCUGUCUGACUCCUCGUUGAGUGUGUUGACUGCUCACUGAUGCAACAAAACUGAUGGUUUUACCACAGAAAAAGGAAACAUUUAAAAGAAAAGUUGACUGACUUCAGACAUCUAGAAUGAAUGAACAUGAGCAUGAAAUGAAAGUCAUGUGCUGUACAGUGUGCGAGUGUUUGUGUAGGUGUACUUUAAUGUUAUUCAGGUUAUGAUUGUGUGUCGGCUUGCUGCACAGGAUGCACAUUUGUGGUAUUCUUCAACAUAAACCUCCCAGUAUCCUUGUGUCUUUUAAUGUUCUUGUAUUAUACAACUGAAUGUGAACUACAGUAUCACUUAUCACUUGAAAGCAUCCCUAACAAUCCCAGCGCAAAAGUAUUGAAAAAUGAUAUUAACGACCAUGAUGCCAAGCUGUGUUGAUGAACCACUGUUGUUUUAUGUCAAAUGCAUUGCGUUUUUUAAGCUAAACGAGGAAAGAGUCUAAUGAACAUUUGUGAGUUAUCUUGACUAGCAAAUAGGGAUGAGCGAGCACACCACUAUCUGUAUCUGUAUCUGUUCACCCAUCUAAAUUAUCUGUAUCCAUCUGUACUCGGUACUGUACUGUACUUUGUGACCACUUCAUGGAAUAAGACAAGAAUACAUUUCAAGGAAAAAAGCAGUCAUGCUACCCCAAUUCAGUUGAAGAAGUGGCUGACGCAACACAAGCCUGCACACCACUUGCCAGAUGCACCGCAUACUUUACGAAACAAGUUUACUUUAGAUACAAACCGAAUAGAGGCGAGCUGAGGAAAACCUAAUAAAGUGGAGGCAGUGGGUAACGCCACACGGGUCGUUUUCAACUCGCCAAUUGUGCCAAUUGCACUGUGUGCAUGAACGAGGCACCGAUCAACUCCUCUGUGGCUCCAAGCUGCACGGUCUGUCUCGGGAGGGGUGGUCGCUCUGUGUGACUGGCCAAUCACAGAGUGUGAAGAGUGAAUACAUAAUGAGGAUUUUCUUUCAUGACGAUUACAGAUAAUGACGAGAUGUACUCGUUGUAUUCCCGUAUUCGGCAAAAAUGCAUUAUCCAUAACGGCUCAUCCCUACUAGCAAGUGCUUAAUUCAUCCAUGUGCAUUAUUUUUCAUUCCAUGUUUUAUAUACCAAUCUUCUUUUCCGCACAUGCGAAUGUAAUGGUGAAAUGUUAGUAUAAUGUACUAUAAACUCAUAACAUUUUAUAAGGACUUGAACUAUAAUGCAAGGUGCGUACUGGCUACCACAUCUGGAUGUUCUGUGAGAAAAUAAACAUAUUUAUUUAGCUCCAUAACAAUUUUAUUUGGCAUUCUGAAAGCUACUGUCAAAAGCAAGCAAACACAAAUUCUCCUCUUUUGAGCACCAUCAUCAUGCUGUUCUGUCAUCGCCCACAGUUAUUCAACUAUGCUCUGGAGAAUUGUGUGCAGAGCGUGUACUUCAAUCAAAGUCCUUGGACAAGGAGUUUUCAUUGUAGGGCGAAGGCGAUACAUUUUGUGAUGUGCUGCAUUCACAGUUCUUUUGAAAGAGUACAACAGUCAAGGACCUCUUCAAGUUGUUAUUUUCUUUUUCGGACUGAAGCAGAAUGUUCCACACAGAGCCAUUUCAUUCUUUGUGACUUUAGGUAAAUGCAGUGUCAAAGAGUAAGAAAUAUAUUGAUCUGAUCUUUACAAGGAUCUUCUAUGUAUAUUUUGAAAUUGUUUGUCAUUGGUGAAAUGGAAAUUCCAUGGUUUGUAGUUUACAUUUACAUUACAGUUUACAUUAUUGAGGUACAGUGCCCUGCAGACGUAUUGGAACAGUAAUGCCCAUUCCGUUAUUUUUGUGGUAGACUGAAAACAUUUGGGUCUGGCAUCAAAAUAUGAAUAUGAGAGCAGACAGCAACAUUUCAGCUUUUAUUUCCAGGUAUUUACAUCUGGAUCGGAUGCACAGUUAGAAGAAAGCACCACAAAAUCCUGACACAAAUACACAAAUAUCAUUGUUCAUUAACUGUAAUUGCAUUGUAUCCAGUAAAAUGAUUUGUAGUGGAAGUCACUGUUGAUAGGCUGUUUGCAAAAUACGCAUACAAUUUAUUCUACAAGGAACAGGGGAACAGGGAGAGGAACUUUGGACAUACAAAAAAAAUUUUUUUUUUAGUUUCUGCUAUCAUUCACAUGCGUUAAUUACCAUGGAACGCCCCUUGAACACCUGUUUGGCUUCGUUUAUUUUCUUCUGUUUGGUUCUUCAACAUAGAACUGGAGCAGCCACACACUCAGCAGACUGCUGACUUGGACCAGGUACAACGUGACCACUUGUGUGGUGGUCAUUUUUCCGGCAACGACAAAUCGAAUGGUUUUUAAAACAAAUUG